AUGGAUGAGACCACCGGCGGCUUGCUCAGGCAGGUUAGGGACCUCGCCUACAGAGCCGAAGAUACCAUUAGUCUCUAUUCCGCCAUUAAAGAUCCAUCCAGAAUGUCCUCCAACUUCUUUAAAGAUGGAUACUCUGUCCACCAGAUUGGCUCUGAGAUCAAAAAAAUCAAAAGCCAGGUGGAAAGUGUCAGUAACGUAAUCGAAAGUCUUGGGAUAAAAAGCUUUAUUCAAGGGCAAAGCUCCGCUCCACAGCCGACCUACUCCUAUGACAGUCAAGAUGUUGUGGGGAGAGAAGAAGAGGUGGAGAAACUUGUAUCCCUUUUAGUUGGUGAUGGAGCAAAACCAGUUAUUUCGCUGUGGGGGAUGGGUGGCAUAGGCAAAACUACUAUUGCUAGAAAAGUGUACAGUCACACAACCACCAAAGGCUUCUUCAACUCCUUUGCAUGGGUCAGCAUUUCUAGAAAGUUGGACAAAAAAUCAGUUUUGGAGGAUGUCCUCAAGCAACUCAGCCCACAUGAAAAUACCUCAAAUUUGAGCCUCACAGAGUUGACACACAAAUUGUUGCAAGUCCAGGAGACUACAAAGUGCAUGCUUGUCAAUGAUGAUAUUUGGAGCGUUGAAGAUUGGGGUGAACUUCAGCCUGCAUUCGGUGAAAAGACCAAGAUUUUAUUGGCCACACGAAAUCACGAAGUUGCAAAGAUUGGAUCCGCAACCAAGGUUGGCCUCCUUAGCGACGACGAGGGUUGGGAAUUACUCAAGAGGAAAGCAUCUAAACACAACAAUUUUCCAGAUUUCCAAACUGAAGAAAGUAGGCUUGUGAAAAUGGGAAAAGAAAUGGUAGCCAAGUGUGGGAAUUUGCCAUUGGCCAUUUCUUUGCUUGGUGAUAUAUUGAGUGAAGAGGAAUCCAGUAAAGGGUGGGAUUUGGUUUAUAACAACAUGAGAAAAGCUCAUCCAGAUAUGAAAGGUAAAAUUCACCGAGUGUUGCGCUUAAGUUAUUUGGACCUGCCUUACUACUUGAAACCAUGCUUUCUAUACAUGGGUAUGUACAAUGAAGGGGAACUCAUAACAGGAUUCGAUAUGUGUUUGAUGUGGAUUGCACUAGACAUGGUCUCGCAUGUAAGUCACUCUAAAGAAGUAGAUUUGAUGGACAUAGCACAAGAUUACUUGAGUGAGUUGGUGUCUAGAUCACUGGUGGAAAUUGUACAUGACGAUCGUCAUCGGGGACAGACGAUCAGAUUGUGUAAACUCCAUAAAGUUGUGCGAGAGAUGUGCUUGUCAGUAGCAGUAGAAGAAGAUUUUGGCAUGCAAGUUCUGGAUUAUAAGGGUGAAGCAUUUAGCCAUUUCUGGCAUGAUAGUUUAUCAAGCACCAAAACGCGGCAUUUGGUGGUGAAUUUCAAAAGAGAAGUACAAAGGGAAAGCAAGAAGAUCAUAAAGUGUGACAAAGAUAACACAAAAACUAUAAGAUCUCUACUCUUGUUCAAUGUCAUCGCUGGAAGACCGGUGAUUGAAUUUCCCAAGUGUGGUUUGAAGAAAUUCAAAGUACUUAAAUCUCUACAUAUAUCCGGAGUUAAGUUCAAGGAUGGAAAACUGCCCAAGUCGAUAAGUAAGCUAACUGUGCUUCAAAGUUUACGAUUGCGUCAUUGCAAUUUUGACAAACUGCCAUCGUCCGUAAGCAAUUUGCUAUACUUGCAUACCCUUGAUUUGUGGAAGUGUUCAAACGUACAGAUACCAAAUAAUGUUUUGAGUAGAAUGCCACGACUAAGGCACUUGGUCCUUCCUACAUACUUACCUUCAUACUUUGAUGAGAAAGAGAAUAGUAUAUUGAUAUUGGAGGGUCUUGAGAAGCUAGAGACAUUGGUUGGAUUCAACAGUUUGGUGCACCGACUUAAUUCUCCAACCAAAAUGACGAAACUCCGACACUUCGAAGGUGUAUUCCACGACAACCAAAGCCUGUCGGAGAUCAUUCACGCCUCCUGUACAAGCUGGAAGAAUUUAAAAUGUGGCGGUCUUCAAAUAAAAAAUGGUUGCAGUUUUUCAUCGAAACAGGAGCAUGUGAUGAUUUUCAACAAGUUGUUCAAUCUUCAUAACUUGCAUAUGUCGGUUGCAAUUGGAAAUGUGUUCAAGGAGUUGGAGUUGGAAAGCCAAGUAUGCAUCUCAAAUUUGCAAAGCUUAAUCUUGUCCGAGAGUGAAAUUGAGGAGGAUCCAAUGGAGAUACUGGGAAAACUUCCCAUUUUGCUAGAUUUGUCGAUGAUUGGUGGAUGCUUUCAGGGGGGAGAAAUAACUUGUUCCGCGUAUGCUUUUCCUAGUCUCCAGAGGCUUGAAAUAAGAGACUUACCACGCUUAAGACAAUGGAAUGUGGAGAAAGGAACCAUGCCAGUCGUUUAUAAGAUGGUUAUCGAUAACUGCCCCUGCUUGAAGAUGGUUCCAGAUGGAUUUGAAUUCCUCGAUGCUUUAACCGAUCUGCAAGUUUGUGGAAUACCUGCAUUAGGAGAACGAGUGAGUAAAGAAGGUGAGGAUUUCCACAAAGUGCGGCAUGUUCCUUCCAUUGUGGUCAGAGAUUGA